GAAGUAUCAAAACUAUAAACGGCUGUACGGAACGCUUGCUUCCGGUAGCGCUGUUGUAGCCGCUGGAAGUCGAGAGGAGUGCAAGGUAUUGUGCUAUGUUCGCCGGGUACGAUAUACGACACUCAGCUAUUUCAGCCGGAUAAUCUGGGAACGGGUCGGAGAAAUAUCAGUACCAUUUUACCAUUUCCUCUGGCAUCUUUCUCGAAGCAGCCCUCCAUUAAUUGGUUUUGCUUUGUUGUACUUGUAUAUUCUGUGCUGGAUCCUCUGCUGUACUUCAAAGAACAAUCCACGCAUCCUGCAAUGCUGAAGCAGACACAUAUCAGGCUUUUUUCCUUCACUACGAGAAGACCAUCGUGCACGAAAAAGCAUGAGGUGGUCGUUAUUGGUGGGGGACCCGGAGGAUACUUUGCUGCCAUCAGGGCUGCCCAACUGGGUCUUGACACCGCAUGCAUCGAGAAGAGGGGCAGUCUCGGAGGCACUUGUCUCAACGUCGGAUGCAUUCCAUCUAAGGCUUUGUUGAACAACUCUCACCUGUACCACCAAGUAAAAACCGAGUCUGCUAAACGAGGCAUUGACAUCCAAGGCAAGGUGAAGCCAAACUUGGUUAACUUGAUGAAAGCCAAGGAUGCUAUCGUGAAGCAAUUGACUGGGGGUGUUGAGAUCUUAUUCAGGAAAUACGGUGUCACUUAUUAUAAGGGAAACGGUUCAUUUGUUGAUGAACACAAUGUGAAAGUGGACCCCAUUGACGGCGGUGAAGAAACCGUAAUUGAAGCAAAGAACAUCAUAAUUGCAACAGGCUCCGAGCCUUCUCCAUUCCCGGGAGUCGAUAUCGACCAGGAGAGAAUCGUUGACUCUACAGGCGUGCUUUCACUAACAGAGACCCCUAAAAGAUUGGCUAUUAUUGGAGGCGGGAUAAUCGGCUUGGAAAUGGGUUCUGUUUGGUCGAGGUUAGGGUCGCAAGUUACGAUCGUAGAAUUUCAAGCCGCCAUCGGUGGUGCCGGAAUGGAUGCGGAAGUGGCAACGGCUACACAGAAAUUCCUCAAAAGGCAAGGCUUGAACUUUCAGUUAGGUGCUCAGGUCCGAAAGGCCACCAGAAAUGGUGACGAAGUUGACAUUGAGUUUGAAGACGUGGAAACAGGAAAAGUCCAAAACAUCCAGUCGGACGUCCUACUAGUCGCUGUUGGCAGAAGACCAUAUUCUUUGGGCUUGAAUGCAGAAGCAAUUGGUUUGGAGUUUGACAGAAAAAAGAGAGUAGUCAUAGAUCCCGAGUACCGGACAAAAUACUCCCACAUCCGGUGUAUCGGGGAUGUUACUUUCGGUGCUAUGUUGGCCCACAAGGCUGAAGAUGAAGGAAUUGCCGCCGCAGAAUACAUAAAACUAGGAACAGGCCACGUAAACUAUGAAAAUAUUCCUGCUGUCAUGUACAGUCAUCCUGAAGUUGCGUGGACCGGUAAAAACGAACAAGAACUAAAAGCUGCAGGAGUUAAAUACAAAACCGGUAAGUUUCCGUUUGUUGCAAAUUCUCGAGCAAAGACCAACAUGGACACCGAAGGCUUUGUUAAGUUUAUUGCUGAUGCUGAAACUCAAAAGGUUUUGGGUGUCCAUAUUAUAGGCCCCAAUGCGGGCGAGAUGAUUGCAGAAGCAGGAUUGGCGAUCGAAUACGGAGCAUCAUGUGAGGACAUUUACAGAGUCUGCCAUGCUCAUCCUACAUUAUCGGAGGCUUUCAAAGAAGCCGCAAUGUCUGUUUUUGAUAAGCCAAUCAAUUACUAGGUUUAAUUGCCAGUUGUUGUCUCUUCUCCUUUAACUAUUUCUUCUUGACUCAGUCCAUUACGAAUGACUAUUUAUAUCGUAGGUAUGAUAAUGAUUUUUUUCUUCAAAUA